UACCAGUGAGAUGCCGUACUUUGCAGACUCAAGUCUGAUUGAACGUUACGCCUACACCGAGGCAUUCAGCUACACGUACUACCUGAGACAAGGGCGGCCAUCUUUUGCGUAUACCACCUUCAUCACAAGUCUGUUACAAGAUGGCAAUGUGCUUACCAAGAAAAUAUUGUUUGAGGUGUAUGUGAAGGCCUACACGACGGCGGUACGUAGCUUCACCAACCCGUCCAUCUGUGCUGCCUGUACUGCAUUCAUAGAGAUGCUGGGCAGGGAUAGUCUAUCUCUUCGUACUGACCUCCAGGCCGUCAGGACCAUCGCUGACCAUCUCAAGGGUCAACUGACCCCUGCUAACAGGUCAGGUGUCAAAGGUCAACAAGGGGUCAGUCUUGAGAAGAACCUGAAGGAAAAGAAGGAGACGGUAGAGAGAGACAUGGUGAACUUGAUGAUGUCGUGUGUGAAAGGCAGUGAUCUCUGUGCCAAGUCUGUCUUGAGGAAACUAGAAGAAGCUCUCAUCAGCCAUAUUGACCAGCAGAACAUUGAUAGGGUGAGCUGGAAGGCUGCUGAAGAAUGGAACCUAGCAGUGAUGUUCUGUCGUCUCCAUGGUAUCGCCUUGACAACCGUCUUUCCUGUGGAAUGUACGCGAGCAGACAACUGGCUGAUCUUCAUUUGCUUCAUCCAGACACACCAAUACCCCAAACAACAGGUUCUUGACUUUGUGAAGUCCUUCAAGAGUAGCACCAUCAAAGAGCACAUGAGCCACGCCCUCUCUCAUCUCCAGUAUGGCCCCGCCCCUUCCCAGGAUACCGAAUCAACAUCCCAGGGAGGCGUGGCUAAUGUCAGAUCGAAGAUGCCAAUCAAAGACUACAGGAGCGCCUACUACACCAAGAUGGGAUUCCUCAAAGAUGGAGCAGAUGCGUCAGCUGAAACAAGUGACACAGAAGAUGAAGAAGAUAAGUCUGGAAGUAGACUAGAGGCAUCACAUGAUGAACUUUCUACUACUGACACAGAUACUGUUAAAGAUCUUGAAGUUGGGGAUGUAUCUCGUGAGCUGUUUGAUAUUAUCUUCACGUGUGGGAACCAUUCUGAACCAUGGAAAGUCUUCCUCUCUCACUCCAUCCUCUUACAGCAACCAGUGUUGGCAGUGAUUGCUGCUUGUCAUCAGGGUGCCAAUAUCUUAGACUGUCUUUGUUCCUGGCUCUACACCUCCUUCUCUGAUGAUCCCAACCUUGAGAGGGUCCUAGGUCCAAGCUCCUUUUUCAAGAGCCACGCCUGGAGCCUUGAUCAGCUUCGCAGUCUCAUUGACAUUGCCAUGGUAACAGGAAAGAUCACACUUCUGACCAAAGGAUUCCACAUAUUUGACAAUAGAGGUGUGUUGAACUCUUUUCUUGCUUUCUGUGAAGACUUCCUGGUUCUAAGGGAUAGGAAUCAAUGCAAGAUAGAUCUAGAAUUCUUCCAUGAAGCCAUCCUUACAUGUCGACGUCGUAAUAGUAUGAGAAACCAGCCUGAUCCCGGCCCAAGUAGACCAAGGAUUGGUCAUCUGGAGUGGUUUCAAGAGACAGCCAAUCACAUGGCUCGUAACAUGCUACUCUCAUGCACCAGCCAAUGGGAGACUGGCUUUCUUCUCGAAGUCUUCACAGCUUUGAAUUUCUCCCGUACUGUAGAUUCACAUGACCCAGACUACAGCACGCUAUAUCAUCUUCACAAGGCCCUUCAAGGCACCGGUCUAGAGCUCUCAAUAUCCUGCAUGCUAGACUCUGCUGAGGCCAUGGUCAGUGAAUGCCGGACAUUGCUGGACAGGCUGCAGGCCAUGGGACAGUUUGACCGGGCCAAAGAGUUUGCUGGGGCAGCUGGACUGUCUACUGACCAUGUGAUUAUACAACAGAUCCUCAGUGACCUUAGGCAGGUCAUGAGGUCAGAGGUCGGAAGCACAGAGGCUGGACGUAUUGCAUUUUGGGUCAAGUGCAGUGAAAGGCUCACAAAGGCCAAGGUUGAGCAUCAAUCAGCCGCUCAAUUCUUCCAGACACAAUCAGAAGAGGAAGAACUUACAGGUAAUAAGCAAGCCAGAGAGAGGGCCAUUCUACUAGACUUGUCCUACCAGUGGUUAUCUCAUCCAAAAUCUACUCCAACUAAGAGUUCUCUACGGUCAUUAGAACAAAAGGUCUGGCUGUGGAGAUUGAGAGCUGAGGUCGACAAGAAGAGGAAAGUAGACACAGCAUCCCUAUCUUGUCUGGAGUCUCAUUCCGCUGACUGGACACCCAAGUCUAGAGGUCCUAGGGAGCUUCUAUAUGAUGUACAAACAACAGAUACAUCUGUCCAUCAGCUUCUAAAUGAAGAGGAGAAAUCAGCCCUGAAGGACAUGAUUGAUGGCCUGCUGUCCAGCUGCUGUAUCUCCAAGGCCCAUCAACUAUCCAGUCAGUUCGGACACACUCACAAUGACCUCUCCAUCACACUAGCAUGCCUUCAGCUCAUGCAAGGCAAGGUCAAACCAGAGGGCAUUGACCCUGAGCUCAGGUCACAGGUCAAGGUCAGCAAACCCAAGCUGGCCAGACGACCCAGUAACAUGACCCUCCUGGGUCCUCCGUCGGGGGUGUACGGUGGCAGGUCUAAGAAGCAGCUCAGAAGAUCACCUAGUGUGGUCAGUCUGGGUAUCAACCAGGAGUUGAGUUCUCCCCAGAGUGAUGACUGUCUGACCAUGAUGGAGGCUCUCGCUGACCAUACCUCAGCAGCCAGGACAUGCUGUGACCGCAUCAUCAACAUCUACAGGAUCUCACAGGUGUUGGACAAGCCAUAUGACUUGUUGAUCAAGCAAGUUCCUUUCACGUCUGUCAAAGCUCUUCUCCACUCCAGUCAUCCCGACCGCUAUCUUCUGGCGAAAAGCUUCAUCAGAGCAAACAAUCUGGCAGACAAGGAGGUGGCAAACUUUCUAUCUGAAGAUGUGAUGACUGGGUUGCAGCAGAAAAUCAAGAGAAGAAAAGAGAGUUCCCUGACACGUCCCCCACCAUCUGAGGGCCCCUCCCCAGAUCGAAUGGAGAAGGUAGCCUUCAUGAGCCUAGCUAGAAUAUGUAAGGAUCCAGCAUGUCUGGGAACUAGACUACUAGACGAGGCAACACAGAUUGCACACUCAGAAUCAAGCACCACCAGGCCAGCCCUGACCCUUGAGGUAGAUCUGAUCAUCCGAGCUCAUGACUGCUUCACACUCAGCUGCAACAUGGAAGGAAUCGCCUCGGUCCUCAGAGCCAGCCUAGACUGCUUUAGCGCCCUCGCUCAGUCCGAAGAGUUUAGUCUCAUGGUCCGUCUUCUGAUUGGUGUGCGACGGUUCAGUGAGAUGACCUAUAUCUUUGAGAUCCUAAGAGCCAACCAUCAGAUGGAUGCACUCCUCAAGAAAGGAGCUCAUGAUGACAACUUGAAAGUGGCCUUAUUGGACUUCUUGAAGAGAUGCGAUCCACCCGACACCGAGACUUACAGCAUGGUUGCACUCAAGUUUGAGAUGCAUAGAGAAGUAGCCAGUCUGCUAGAGCAAGCUGCCAAGGACAGACUAAAAACACUCAAGUCUCGGACUAUGGAUACUAACAUUGAAAUUCAGAACAUUCUAGAGAAUGUCUUACAUGACCUGACCAAUGCUGCCAAGAACUAUGCCAAGGAUAACUGUUUGCGCCAUGCAGAGAAGUGUAUAAAGCAAGCCCGUCUAGUGGCCCUACAGAUUCGCCUUCUGCCCGUCAGGACAAGGGUCGUCAACUUUGAACCUGCGGAGGUCACCAAGUUUGUUACCCAGCACCCAAAAGUUCAUGAGGUACUGAUAGUACAGGACGCUUACCAGCAGCAGAAUGAAUGGUCUAGUGCCCUCUAUAACAACGUCGUCCUGCAAGGAAACUUCAAGUAUCUAGAAGACUUCCAGUCUUGUAUCCAACUCACCGCAGGCCAUUGCACUGACGUCGCAUCCAGAUACCGGCAGCUGUCUACUAAGAGCACCUUGGUAGUAUCUCACAUGCAGCGCUUCAUAGGCCUUUGCCCUGAUGUUCUGACUGUCUACCGCCUCGCAAACCAGUUAGAGUUCAAAGAGAUGGCAUUCAAUUUACUCAAGGGUGAUGCAGGGCCUUAUCUAAGCGAUGUUGCUUAGGUCAGAAGUGCUAGUGAGGUUCAUGAACCAUUGUUGUGAUGUACUGACUGCCUAAAUCCUUGCCAAUCAGCUAGAAUUCAAAGAUGUGGUAUUCUGUUUAUUCAAGGGUGAUGCAGGGGUGUAUCUUAGUGUGUAAGUGCUGUUGCUUCGAUUUAACAUGCAAGUGAAGUUCUGGGACCGAUGUUUCAUUGCUAAAGUACUAAUAUACUGUUCUUGGAAUUAAAAAAUGAUUUCAAUAAAUAUCAAUUCUAUUUUGUCAGCUCUAGAAAUUAAAUCUAUAAAUGAUAUUUUAACUUUGUGUCCAUACUUGUUUGAGACCUUAUGAUAAUAUUGGCGUGUUGUGUGUAUUACAUGGCCACUCAUUUUGAAGGGGAAGUCCACCCUGAGGUGAAGCACGAAAAUUAAAGAAACAUAUACUUUGUCUUCCCCUUCAGUUAAAUAUUUAUCUUAUACAUGUACAUGUAUUGUCUUACUAAACAGAAUUUAUGUAAAUAAAUAUCUACAAAUUAAAAUUCUAUUAAUUUAUACAUGUAAUUCAUGGAGAUCUUUGGCAAUAAUUUUAUUUGUGCAAUCAUUUGAUUUUCAUUUUUCUGGACGGACUAAUUUAGCACUAUUACAAGAUUGAGGUACACCUUGGGCUAUGUUCCAAUUAGAGAUAUAUAAUUGGUAUCUUUCUUUUUUACCCAUCCCCCCCCCCCCCCAUCUCUCUCUCUCUCUCUCUCUCUCUCUCUCUCUCAUGCCUUAUACAUCUUGCUUUAAAGGGCAAUCAAUCCUAUGUAGUAAGUUCACUUCUAUAAAAGCGCAAAGAAAUGAUGAACAGAAUGGCAGACCAAUAAUAAGAUAGUUAUGAGUGUUUGAAAUAUGAGAUCACUAUUAAAGUCUAUGCGAAUUUCAUAUUGGCAGUUUGGUCGGUGGAUUGUUACGUCAUCUCAGAAAACCCUCAUGUUUGUCUUGUACAUAAAUAUCAUUAUUUUCUGUUUCCCCCCAAGUGCCUUAUUCCUUUGGGCACUACUCAAAAUAUAUUAUGGAUAGCAUAUUAUUAUAGGUCCCCUAAAGAGAAUAGACCCACCUGAAUCAUACAUAUUUUUAAAUUGAAAUUGUUGUCAUUUUGUGUUUUGUAACAAUUAGGAAAGUUGUCCACCACUGCCCUACAUGACAAAGACUUUACGGAUUCAGCCAACUUGAAGAGCAUUCCUGUCGUGACUACAACCUUCUAAAUUCAAAAUUCUCAAUUAUCGUCCGAUUUCAUUCAAACUUUCAUUAGACCACAUCUCUGAUUUUUCUGCUUUCCACUAGAUUAGUUCUCUAUCAACGUGUGCCAACUUUUCUGUUUAGAUAUGCAAUUCUCUUGUCAAUCCCUAAACAAAAUGGAACUUGACAUUUUGUUAUCAUGAAUUGAUGUACAACAUGCCAUAUUUGUAAAGCAUGUCUUGUAUGUAGUUACCAGGCUUUCAUGUACAUACCUAUCAUUAAUGAACUUUCAUUGUAGAUUAUGAAAGGUAAAAUUGUAGAGGAAAGAUUAUUAGCAAAAUGUUCCAUCUGUGAAUGGAGCUUUCAUUCCUAGAUAUCAGUAUACAUUAUUUCAGUAUUAUUAUCUGGAGUAUGUACAAUUGCUAUACAUAUAAAAAUGCCACAUUAUUUGGGGGAGGUUUCUUGCAACAAUACGACAUCAGCCUAUGUCCUCUGUGAAAUAGAAGUAAAUACAUGUACUUUGAUAUUUCAAAGUUGGCAUUUUUCAGUAUAUUGUACUCUACAAAAAUGUAUCUUCCACAUGAAUUUGGGAUAUGAAUGCAUGCGUUACUUAUUUUCUGUUUUCUAAUUCUUUUCUAUUUUUAAUCAUGAUAUUGUGAAUGUGAAUCAAUUAGUAAUUGUCAUAUUUUGUAUAUAUCAAAAUAUAUUGUUUUCAUGAGAAUGAAUAUUGUCAAUAAAAUAUGAUGCAGAAAAGAAACACAGGAUGAAACACACUUUUUUUAAACUUUGUAAUUUAAGUUUUUAUUUAUUAAGCAUAAUAUAAAUGUAUGACAUUUGUAGAGACUUGCUUCUCAAUGGUUAUAAGAAAUGAUUUACAUAUCUUUGUGAACUGACAACAUGCUUUGUGUUAAAAAAUGCAGCAUUUCAUAUAUAGCAAAAAGGGAAAAAAUUAAUGAAAUGCUCGAUAUGAUUAUUUCUCUAGAUUUGAUGUAGUUUAAUAAGAGCUGCAUUUUUAACAUUAAAAAAAAAAGGUCAAUCUUUUCAAUGUUGAAGGAAAAAUAUGAAAGUUCUCUUUAUCUGGUACUUAAAAUAAACAAAAAUGGAUGACAGACUGGAGGGAGUAACUUCAGAGCUUAAUGGAUUAACAGAAAUCACAACAUUAGCAUUUGAGACAAGUCCAGGAUCAAAUAAUGUCAAUUAACAGAAUGCCCAAAAAAAAUCA